AUAAUAAUAAGAAAGACAGACAAUUCUUUCCUGUGUUCAUUUUUUCAUUCUCUUUGGUUCUACUCUCUCAAAGCGAAGCAAACCCUCGUCUCCUUCCAUCACCUGCAAAAUUCCCAUAUUCAAAGCAAAACCCUAAUAGCAAUCCAACACAUAGCCGUUGGAAGGAGACCGAUGCUGCCGGAGAAGAGUUGUUGAUGGAAAUUGUUGAAUCGGACAAGGGACUGACAGAGAUCUGAGUCUAGUCAAUCGAUGCACUAAUGGGUGCUGCUGGCUCCAAACUCGAGAAAGCUCUUGGCGAUCAGUUCCCUGAAGGCGAGCGAUACUUUGGCCUUGAGAAUUUUGGCAACACUUGCUAUUGUAACAGCGUCUUGCAGGCACUUUACUUCUGUGUACCAUUUCGAGAACAAUUACUAGAAUAUUAUGCUAAUAACAAAAAUACUGGGGAUGCCGAAGAGAAUCUCUUGACAUGCUUAGCAGACUUAUUUACGCAGGUAAUAACUCCUCAGAUAAGUUCACAGAAGAAGAAAACAGGUGUAAUUGCUCCAAAGCGUUUUGUACAGAGAUUGAAAAAACAAAAUGAGCUUUUCCGCAGCUAUAUGCAUCAGGAUGCUCAUGAAUUUUUAAAUUUUCUGCUAAAUGAACUUGUUGACAUACUGGAGAAGGAGGCUCAAGCUGCAAAAAGUGAUCCAGAAACUUCAUCCCCUCCUGAAAAGAUUGCAAAUGGGCCAAACAAUAGUCAAGCAAAUGGUGUUUCAAAGGAGCCUUUGGUUACAUGGGUGCACAAAAAUUUUCAGGGAAUUCUCACCAAUGAGACAAGAUGUCUGCAGUGUGAGACUGUUACAGCAAGAGAUGAAACAUUUUUUGACUUGAGCCUUGAUAUUGAACAGAAUAGUUCAAUAACAAGCUGUUUGAAAAAUUUUAGCUCCACAGAGACUUUGAAUGCAGAGGAUAAGUUUUUUUGUGACAAGUGCUGCAGUUUGCAAGAAGCUCAGAAGAGGAUGAAGAUAAAGAAACCCCCACACAUCCUGGUCAUCCAUCUGAAGAGGUUCAAAUACAUUGAGCAGCUGGGUCGGUACAAGAAGCUAUCUUAUCGAGUUGUCUUCCCACUUGAGCUGAAGCUGAGUAACACAAUGGAAGAUGCAGAUAUUGAAUACUCAUUAUUUGCAGUAGUUGUUCAUGUUGGGAGUGGGCCCAAUCAUGGACACUAUGUCAGCCUUGUGAAAAGCCAUAAUCACUGGCUAUUUUUUGAUGACGAAAAUGUGGAAAUGAUUGAUGAGUCUGCUGUGCAGACAUUUUUUGGGUCAGCGCAGGAAUAUUCGAGUAAUACGGAUCAUGGGUACAUCUUGUUUUACGAGAGCCUUGGUGCUAGUAGCAAGAGUUGAGAAGAGGGAGCUUUGGUUUUACAAGUAGGCAUUUUAAUCAUUUGAACCAGCUUUAUCUUUUGCUUAUAUUUCAGUUAUUAUUGUUUUCCUUUGCCUUUUGUCCUUCAACCACUGGGACUCUCGAAUUUAUGUAUCUGAGCCGAUAUGGGUUGUGAAAGAGAUGUAUACUUGGGUUGUUUCCCUGUAAAGUGGAUGGUGGAAGCACAUAGUCCCUUUUUUUAAAAGAACUUUUCAGAAUAAGAAGAAAGAAGAUCAGUGUAUAUGGUGUGAGAGAAAUCCACAGACGCUUGUAUUCUUCAGGGUUGAGAAUGUUUAAUCAAACAUUAGAAGUGCAAUCCAAUUGGAAUUGCUCGGAGCUA